AUGCCUACCGUUCCACUACAGUAUGAAACCUUGAAAUCUGUUCUGCUUUACAUGGAACCCAAUAUACGGUUCGAAGUCUCUCUUCACAUGCCAUCAAUCAGCACUCUCGAGAAACGGAUUCCCUUGAAAAUUAGGAAUUUAACAUUUUCAACACCUCAAAAUGAAAAAUGUUUGAAAAUAAACCAAUUCAACUACCGGCUGGGUGUAUAUUGUGAUUUCGGAGAUAUGGAUGUCCCCUCUGAUUUUCAAUUUACGAACGACAGAGACGGCGCUCCACAUGAUUUUGAUCAAUAUGGGUUUUCUAUUACUCGGGGAAGAAAUACGAUACUUCCAGGAGAUGUUGAUUUAAGGAAAGAAGUGCUAGAAGAACUUUGGGGAAAUUAUUCCGAAGACACGAUGCAACAUGUUGUUAAGAAAUUAAGAAUGCUCAAGAGAUUGUUCGCUGAACGCACAAAUCAAGAAUACAGCGAGGACGAUGGGUUUCCUCCAGAAGUUGGACCAAAAGAUGUUACUUACGAAUCUCGGAAUCGAAGAAAUUUAGAAUAUUCUCCUGAUGAAUUUAUUGAAUCGAUGAUCAAGAAGAUACAAGAUAGUCUGAAGCCAUAUCUUCACCGCCGAAACAAAACAAAGCCUCCAUUCACGUGUUGGAUUCAAUUGACUAUAAAUUCCCCAAACAGCCGUCAACCCCACCGGUUUCCAUAUCACAAAACACUUUUUGAAGCGGAGAAACACUUAAUCACACAAUUGUUUGGAAAACGAAAGUCCAUGAUACCUGUGAAGAAUCUCAAAAUUGGGCAUGAGAACGAAAUCCUCCGGUUUCCAGUGGCUACCAAAAUGAGCAUCGAGAAUUUAGAAGUCGGAGAUUGGAAUGCAGCAAAUUUCGAAGCGUUUGGUAAUAUCAUUGAUUCAUCUUCCCUACCACUUCAACGAUUGAAACUUAGGAGUUCAAUUCCUACUUCUGAUUUUACGCACCAAAUUGUGAAAGAAUCAAAGUGCUUAGUGAUAAAUAACCUAAUGUAUGCUGAGCUUUCUUGGACACCGAUUCUACAGAACCUCACUAAUCAGAAAGUGUUGUUGUUGCGUGAGAACAGACUACAUCCACCAAAUAACUAUGUGGAUUUGAUUGAGAAUUGGCUGGAGACUGGUCGUCCGGUUGGGACCACAUUUAUCAUGGAAAUCAGGAAGGAAGAGACUGUGAAGCAAUGUUUGGAGACUUUAAAGCAAAGACAUGACGUUUAUGCAUGGUCUGAGAGACUAGUACAACUCCGUAUUAACAGCUAUUCAAUGCUUGAUGUUUGUUAUGAAGCAACAUUCAGUCUAUAUAUGCAUCAUCAACCGGAAUGGUUGUUGAGUUUGACAGUAGUUCCUUCAACAGCUAACUAA